AUGCAGACCUAUGAAUAAAAAAGAAUUGGCAUUAAGUAAUUUAAACUUUAAACUGCACUUAUUCUUAAUUUCCUUGCAACUAGCAUAAACUAAUCCAUUUUUAAUAUAGCCUGCUCGAAAAUAGUAGACGUUGACUAAACACUCAAUUAAAUAGUCUUAAGAAAGCCAGACUCAAGUGAAGUCCCUAAGUCAUUCACAUUUGAUCAUGUUUAUGGAGACUAAUCAACCCAGUAACAAGUAUAUGAUGAUUGCGCAUUCUCUUUAGUAGAAUCAGUACUUGAAGGUACAAUUUUUGCUUAUGGACAAACUGGUUGUGGUAAAUCCCAUACAAUGAUGGGAGUGGUUAAUGAUGAUCCAGUUCCAGGAGCUGAAGAUUUGAAAGGUAUCAUCCCAAAGACAGUAAGACAUGUCUUUGGCUUCAUCGAUGGCUCCUCAGACGGGAAGAAGUUCUUAGUGCGCUGUUCAUAUUUGGAAAUAUAUAAUGAAUAAAUCCUCGAUUUGUUAUGCUUCGCCUCAGGAAAAAAUCAGGCAGCAGGCGAGAACCUUAAGGUUAAAGAGGACCCUAAUAAAGGAAUUUACGUGCAAGACUUGACUAACGUCGUUGUGAAGACUGUGCCUGAAUUGGAAAAAUUGUUGAAUGCAGGAGUUAAAAACAGAAAAGUCGGUGAAACUGCCAUGAAUAAAGAUUCCAGUAGGUCUCACUCAAUAUUCACAAUUUAUGUUGAGACUGCAGAAGACACCCAAGAUGGCAACUAAAAAUUUAAAGUUGGAAAACUGAAUCUUGUCGAUCUAGCAGGAAGUGAAAGAUAAUCUAAAACUGGAGCAACAGGAGAUAGAUUGAAAGAGGCCUAAAAGAUUAAUCUUAGUUUGAGUGCUCUAGGUAACGUUAUCUCAGCAUUGGUUGAUGGCAAAUCUCAGCAUAUCCCUUACAGAGAUUCUAAACUUACCAGAUUACUGUAAGACUCUCUCGGAGGUAAUACCAAGACAAUUAUGAUAGCAGCUUUGUCCCCUGCAGACUAUAACUAUGAUGAAACUUUGUCUACUUUACGUUACGCAGCAAGAGCAAAGUGUAUCCAAAAUAAGCCAAAGAUUAACGAAGAUCCUAAAGAUACCCUGCUCAGAUAAUAUGAAGAUGAAAUUAAGCAACUGAGAGAGAUGCUUGAAUCAAUGAAAAACGGUGUUCAAAUGGAUCCAAGGCUUGCAACUCAAGCAAUCAUGAAUCAUCAAUAGUCGCUGAACAAUAAAAUGCAUGUUGAGGAGAGUGUUGACGAGCUCAUAAGGAAAUUAGAGAAUCAAGGAAAAAAGAUAAAGAUUAUUGAUGAUGAUGAGAUUUAAGAGUCAAUGGACAUAGAUGCUCCUAAGUCAGCACGAGCUAAGAAAUAAAUAACUAAAAAGAUGUCAAACUCGGGGUCUAAAUCUUAGAAAUCUAUAGUUGAAGACACAUCUUCAUCAAUAGUUGGCGAAAUGGAAAGUAAACUUAAGGAAAAAGAAGAAUUACUAAAUGACCAUGUGCAGUAGAAAGAUAGACUAGAGUAAAUGCUCUAUGAUCUAUAAAAGCAGAUGGUUUAGGGUGGUUCAGCUUUGGAAGAAAAGGAAAAGGAGUAAGCCUAGAAAUACCGAGAGUUUCAAUUGAGACUCAAGAAAUAAAAGAAAAAGGAAAAGGAAUUACUUAGAGAGAAGGAGAAGAAGGAGGAAGAGAUGCUUAUGGUGGAGAAGUAAUACAAAUCACUGUAAGAAGAAGUUGAAGAGCAAAGAGAGGUAAUUAAACAACUUAGAAUGAAAUAUAAAUAAGCUGCCUCAGAGGUCAAGGAUCUUGAAUAAGAACAUCAAAUUUAGAAAGAAUCUCUAUUAGAUUCUGUCAGAGAUCAGGAUUUAGACCUUAAAUUCUAUAAGAGGAUUGUCAAGAUGAUGCUCAGAGAUGACGAAAUAGCCAAACUUAAACUAAAGUCUCAAUACGAAGACGAUGACUGGCUUAUUCCAGCAUUCGUUCUCAAAGGAAAAGAAAUGACCUUACCUAAGGUAAACGGCAGAUAAAUGAUGGAGCGAGAAAAGGAUGAAAGAGAAAUGGAGAUCACUGAAGUCGGUGCUGUUGAUGCUGGUGGCUCUAGAUCAACUGGAGACAGUGACAGCGAUGAUCAAUAAGCCUAUAGAAAAUAGGUGAUGAGAACUGCCAAAGAUACUUAGGGAAGUUUCGCCAAAUCUACUAUAAGUUAGAAGAUGAACCAGACGAAGAAGGACGGUAAUGGUAAUACCGGUGGAAGUAGUCUGAGACGAUCUGGUAUCGAGUUCCCCUUCGAAAAGGAUGCUCCCCUAGUCAAGAAUAAUAAAGUAAAUGCCUAGUUAGCUCCGAUCGAAUACAACACAAUGCAGGUUGGCUAGAUCAACACUGGACAACUCCCUCCUCCAAUGAGCAGAGAGGAGUUGAUGAAUUUAGAAAGAAAUCACAAAAAUGUAUCAAUAGAGAACCUACUUAAUUAAGAUACUCUUGUUAAAGGUGGUAAAAAUUAGCUGGCCCCUCUAUAACCAAGGAAAAAAAUGUGA